AUGGUAGAGCUGAGCAGCAAUCGAGAAGUUCACAAGCAUGGGGAGAUGAGGAUGGGACGGAAGCUGCUUCGAAACCUGAACUUUGAAACGAUUAUUCAUACCAUCGCCGCUAAGCAUCAAGUGUCUCUGGCAGUCACUUGCCAGGCGUUGAUAACGGAGAAGGUCAUCGUAGUUAGCUCGGAGGGAUCCGGCAGAGAUAUUCCGCAAAACCGUGUGUCGGCGCGGGGAGAUUCGGCCCAUCCAGGAGCAGCCAAGCCGGGGCUUACCAUAGUAAUACUGGUACUCGGGCUUGGCUUGUCGAUCGCGCAUGCGGCGCCAGCAACUUUGCCGAGAAGCCGGUGGUUGCGGUCAAUGUCUCUCGAACGAAGGCGGCGCCAAGAUGGUCAAAGCUCAGGCACCGAAUGCUUGCAAGGAGGAUCCGGCGAUGGCUGCCAUACCCGUUCCGACGACAUGAUUCGGCACGGCGUCGUCUUAUCGCUAUCACGCAUUUAUGACCAAGGGGUCAAGGGUGCCCAUGACUUCUCUGAGUUCUCUCCGAAGGCCAAGGCCGCUCCCGUAAGAUGA